AUGACUGUGCCUAGCAUCAGCCCACCUUGCAGUGGGGUUGACAGCAUUCUGUGCAGCAGCAGCAGCGACCACCAACAUGGACAACAGCACAGUCUGAGCCCCAUUGGCCACUUGAUUGCAGCCAUCUGCCUUGCUAUCAUCGGGAGCCUGGGAUUCUUCAACAACGUUUUGGUUCUGAUAGUUUUUUGUCAGAACAAAGUGCUACGAUCUCCAAUUAACCUACUGCUAAUGAACAUUUCUGUGAGUGACUUGAUGGUGUGCAUCGUAGGAACCCCAUUCAGCUUUGUUGCCAGCACUCAGGGCCGCUGGCUCAUUGGACCGGUAGGCUGCGUGUGGUACGGCUUCGUCAAUACCCUCUUUGGUACCAUAUCACUUACAUCUUUGGCCAUACUCUCUUAUGAGCGGUACUGUACAAUGAUGAGAACUACAGAAGCAGAUACCACAAACUAUAGAAAAGUCUGGAUGGGAAUCCUCUGGUCAUGGAUAUACUCUUUAGUCUGGACCUUACCACCCCUUUUUGGAUGGAGCAGCUAUGGACCAGAAGGACCAGGGACAACAUGUUCAGUCAACUGGCAUUCAAGGGAUGCAAAUAAUGUAUCCUACAUCAUAUGUCUUUUCAUCUUUUGCCUUGUGAUUCCUUUUUUCAUUAUUGUUUACUGUUAUGGGAAGCUGUUGUGUGCUAUAAGGCAGGUGAAUGGCAUAGCUAAAAGGAUGAGCCACAAAAGGGAGCAACGUGUCUUGAUCAUGGCAGUCGUGAUGGUGAUUUGCUUCCUUCUUUGCUGGCUGCCAUAUGGGAUAAUGGCCCUGGUAGCUACUUUUGGAAAACCUGGCCUAAUUACCCCAUCAGCCAGUAUUAUCCCAUCAGUCCUUGCCAAGAGUAGUACUGUCUAUAAUCCAAUCAUCUACAUAUUUCUGAAUAAACAAGUAAGUAAAAUUAUAUUCCUAAAUUUGUUCUAA